GAGAUGGGGAAGAUGGCGGCUGUCGUGGGUUCUGUGGCAUCGCUGGUGACAGAACCUGGGGAGGACGCUUUUCGAAAACUUUUCCGCUUCUACCGACAAAGCCGACCCGGGACCACAGACCUGGGAGGGGUCAUCGACUUCUCGGCGGCCCACGCGGCCCGCGGCACGGGUCCUUCUGCCCAUAAGGUCGUCAGAUCUCAGUUAAGUGUGUCCUCAGUGAGUGAGCACGAUGCACAUAGAGCAGGACUUCAGCCAGUCAGCAAGUGGCGAGCCUAUGGACUUGAAGGCUAUCCCGGAUUUAUUUUUAUCUCAAACCCAUUCCUCCCAGGGUACCAGUGGCACUGGGUUAAGCAGUGCCUAAAGUUAUACUCCCAGAAACCUAAUGUGUGUAACCUGGACAAACACAUGACUAAAGAAGAGACCCAGGAUCUGUGGGAACAGAGCAAAGAGUUCCUGAGGUAUAAAGAAGUGAAUAAACGGAGACCCCGAAGUCUACUAGAGAAAUUGCGCUGGGUAACCCUAGGCUACCAUUAUAACUGGGACAGUAAGAAAUACUCAGCAGAUCAUUACACACCUUUCCCUUCUGACCUGGCUUUCCUCUCAGAGCAAGUAGCCGCUGCCUGUGGAUUUCAGGGUUUCCAAGCUGAAGCCGGUAUCCUGAAUUACUACCGCUUAGAUUCCACAUUAGGAAUCCAUGUAGACAGAUCUGAACUAGAUCACUCCAAACCCCUGUUGUCAUUUAGCUUUGGACAGUCUGCCAUCUUUCUUCUAGGUGGCCUCAAAAGAGAUGAGGCCCCCACAGCCAUGUUUAUGCACAGUGGUGACAUUAUGGUGAUGUCAGGUUUCAGCCGCCUGUUGAACCAUGCAGUCCCUCGAGUUCUUCCACAUCCUGAGGGAGAAGGCCUACCUCACUGCCUGGAGACACCUCUCCCAGGUGUCCUCCCCAGAGAUUCACUGGUAGAGCCCUGUUCUGUGGAGGACUGGCAGGUAUGUGCCAGCUACUUGAAAACUGCUCGUGUUAAUAUGACUGUCCGACAGGUAUUAGCCACAGACCAGGACUUCCCUUUGGAACCCGUGGAGGAGAAAAAAAGAGACAUCACCAUAGAAGGUUCCUGCCAUCUGGAUGACCAGAAUAGCCAAGUAAAACGGGCCAGGUUGCACCCUAACAGCUGAGACAUGGAGAUAGGUCUUAUAUUACCACGGACUCUAGCACCAGGACAAACAAAAACAGACAGGGAAGGACUCAUCAUAAUCACUCUGUUGCCUUGAAAGCCAUCUUGAAGAGUAAACUGCCUUCACUUUGCUCAGACACAGUCUAAUCCUAGUGAGAUGUCAGCAGUGAUGUGUGUGCAUACGAAAGAGGUAUGAUGGUCCACACAGCAUUCUCAGCCUCUGCCGUUACCUUGAGGGAGGUGGAAGUAAGUUUACAGAUCUGUGGAAUCUAAAUACCUCAGAUUUUACUACUGGAAAAUAUAGCACCACUGCCCCAGUCAUCACUGAAGUCUUUGAUCUCUUCUGCCAUCUUCACUGGCUCUCACAGAGGAAUUGCAUGUACGGAUGACAUAGAACUGGAUUGUCCCCUAGAAAAGAAAUUAAUCGUAGCCAUCAAUUUUGCCUAGAAGACAAAUAUAUGUAAACCAAACAAAAGGGGAACAGUAGUUUCUCCACAUCCUUUCUGUCUCCAAACUCUCCCGUUGGCUUUUUAAUGCAGUUUUAAUUAUUGAACUAAAAAUGUCCCGAAGGUGUUCUGUUACUGUUUUCUCCAUGAAUAA